AUGGUUGUCAAUCAAUCAGAAGCAAUGAAUAAUGAUCAGCCUAAUCUGGAAGCUGAUGAUGACCAUGUCAUUUAUCUUGAAGCAUAUUCUGAAGGGAAGAUUCUUCAAGGAAUUCACAAUGGGAUUGAGUUUGAUGAUGAUCAACUCAAUCCUAGAAAAAGUAUGGCUUCCUUCUCACGGGGAGCAAAUGACGAUGAAGCUGGAAGGUCCUCAGUUGUUGGUAGUUCUUCAGCCCCUUCCCCUUCCAAGAAAACCAAUUUAAGAGUUGAUCUAGAAUAUUUGACUAAGAAAUGA